AUGCUAGAUGGUGUUCAAUUCUGGCAAAGAGCAGCAAGCUUGCCGUCUAUUCCUACAUUCAGUCACAAAUUGGAUAAUAUUUUAGGUUCUGAUGGUGUUCCAUUGGGCUCCUUAAUUGAAAUACUAGGUUUACCAGGAACAGGCAAGACACAAUUAUGUUUGCAAUUAUGUGCAUCAGUUCAAAUACCAGAAGCACUAGGUGGAUUAAAUGCAGAAGCACUUUACAUAGAUACCAACACAAAUUUUGUUCUUAACAGAUUUCAAGAAAUACUGUCUGCCUGUUCAACCAAAUGUCAAAAAUUACUUUGUAAGGCUAACAACAAAAAUGAAGAACAAAGUUUAAAACAGUUACAUUAUGUAAAUGCAUUUGGUCUUGAGAAGUUUUGUGCUUUUAUGCACCAGUUGCCAAAAUUUAUUGCAGAGCAUAAUAGUAUAAGAUUAAUUGUGAUAGAUUCGAUAGCAUUCCCAUUCAAAGAAGGCAUUACGGCGAAACAACGGACGGGCCUGCUAUUUAGACAAAUGGCAGAGUUGCAAAGACUGGCCGUGCAAAAUCGAAUUGCAGUGGUUCUUACAAACGAAAUGAGCACUAGGCUAGGGUUGUCAACCGGCGCCGUGGUGGGUUCGUUUGGAGACGCGUGGGCACAUAGAUGCAACGUCAGAUUGCUACUUUCGGCUCCUGACGAUCCUAAUGGAGACAGAUUGGCGCUCAUACUGAAGAGUAAUAUUGCUCCCGAAGCAGUUGCACCUUUCCAGAUAACAGAGGAGGGUAUAAGGGAUGUAGAU